AUGGCUUAAGAUAUAUGUGCAUCUUGUUAUCUGGUGAGCCGCGUCUUAGCGCUUAUUUGUUUCUUAACAACAACGGAGCAAGAAGCAUCAUGGCAGAAAAGUUUAAAAAAAAAAGCGACAUGAAGCUGCAGCAAGAGCAGAUGUUGCAACAGCAACAUCGGAUUAAUCAGCUCUUGCAGCAGCAACAGCAAAUGUUACAGCUGUUGUUACAACAACAGCCGCAACAACAGCCGCAGCAACAACUGCAACCAUUGCAGCAGCAGGAGCAGCAGCAGCAGCAAGAAAUUAACGAUAUAAUUUACUGGUGUUAUGAGUGACACACUCAUAACGAUAAGGUGUCAGUAACACGAUGACGUAAGUCGGUCAGCUGCA